CCAAAAAAUUUUAAGAAAAAAACCAAAAAAGUGAAAAAAUAAAACAACAACAAACCCGUCACAUUUUUUUAUAAUAAAUGACCGGUGGCAAGUCAUUACUGUAUUCGUCGUAUUUAUGUGUUAAUGAUUGACGAUCAUUAAUCGUUCUCGUCUGUGUCGUCGACGUCGUCAAAGUCAUCGCCAGCGCGUAAACGCCGCCUUGAAAUUGCAUUAGCCAUUAUUCUCUUACAACGCGUUGUCGUCGCCGUCAACUUUAUUCAAACGUUUGUGUUUUGUGUUUUCGUUUAUUUUGGAAAAACAAAAACAUAAAAUUGUAAAUUGACGGAACGAGCGGAGAGCAAGAGCAUCAAAACCAAGAAAAAAACUUAUAUAUAUCAACAACAGCCAUCUAAAGUGGAUUGUGUGUAAACAAGCGCAAAUAAAAGCAAAAUGAUAAUUUAAAUUGUGCAAAGGAUAAAUCAAAAUAAUAACACCCUAAAAUAUCAACACAUAUUCAUCACCUCUACAUAUAUAUAUAUAUAUCGUCAUCGCUGUAUUUGUUUUUGUGUGGAAAUUAAUUUUUUAUCGAAUAAAUCGUACGCAUGUUGUCGCCAAUGUCAGCAGCAACAUUAAGAACAUUUUUAACAAACUCUAGAACUAUAUCAACAGCACCAACAACGACCCUAACAUCAAAAUCUAUACAAAUGAACUUUAAUCAAAAAUUUUUAAAAUUUGAUUAAAACUUGAAAUUAAUUUUCUAUACAUCCCCUUAACCUCUCCCCAUCCACGAAAGAGCAGAUUCAAAAAGGGAGCACUACUCAGCAAGUUUUCCGUGUGAUUGCAAAAUUGGUUUUCUACUCCUGGAACGCUAUUUGCACCCAACCAAUCCAGCACACAUACCAUCUCUCUCUUCAUAUCUUGUGCGACAACAAAAAUAACACGUCCACCAUAACUUAUCCCAGAAAUCUAUCCAACUAUGAAUUUAUAUCAUAAUCCAAACAACGAUGAUGAAUGUGACAAUUCAAUAUCAUCUCAAUGUGAAAUCAACACCGAAAAUGUCACUUCCAACACCGCCGUUGCCGUCACCACCACCACCAACAGCUUCUCCACAAUUCCCUCACACAUUUGGCAAUGCGAAGAUGAGCAACUGACAACAGCAACAAAUGUGAAUUUCCAAAAUGGCAAACUAUCAUCACAGAGUCAGGCGUUGAAACGACAAGCCAAAACUGCCAGUAUGAGUUGGGCUCUGUCCUCGUCGUCAUCAUCGCCAUCAUCAUCAAUGACAGAGGGGGAUGUGACACCACACAAUGGCAAUGCUGGUGAUGCUGCUUCGACAGUUUCUCGUAAAUUGUAUCACAGUAAUACCUGCCCGGAAGAAAAGAAAUUGCCAGUGAAUCGAGCAGCCACAGCAGCAUCGGCUACAACAGCAUCAUAUAUCCAUCAAACCCAAAAGUGGCGCGAAAGACCCCGGGGGCGAUAUCCAGCAACCAGUAAGCGUAAGAGCAACAGCAGUAGCAUCUGCAGCAGCCCAUCGAAACCAGUGAUAUGGAAUCUAUUCAAUUUUGGCAAAAUGCACCACCACUUGCAUCGUCGACCACAGCCAACCACCACCACACUCACACAAUUGUGUAAAUAUUUCCUAGUGAUGUUAGUUAUAUUGCCCAGCGUAUUGGCUGUGCCCAGCCUUGAGCUACAGCAGCAGCAACAACCUAAUGCAUUGCCUUCCAGUCAAGGUAAAUUUGUAAAGACCAACAAUGGAGCCACCACCUCAACCACCGGUAAUAAAGCAACAACGACAUCAACAGCAGCGGCAGGGGCAGCAGCAAUUAGUCAACAUGUAAAUAGUAGCAAUAAUCAGCAGAAUAGCAACAGCAACAACAACAACAAUAGUGACAACGACCUGUACAUAACCGCAAAUGCUGUGAAUGCUACCAAUUCGGCUGUUAAGAUAAUCCUAAAUGAUUAUAGCGAUGCCUUCUCACAAAUUAUCAAUAAUGAAAACGAACAACAGCAGCAGCAACGACAUCAACAGCUGCACUCUGGCCAUCAGAAUUCCACAAGUCCCGAUGAUUAUUUAUUCGAUUUUCAUGACGAUUUGUUGGACAGUUUCCGUGGCACCCACAGUCUGCCCCGCCAGCCCAUGUAUACGAAUGAAUUUGCUGUGCAUAUUCCCGCCGGACCCGAAAUGGCCGAUAUAAUUGCAAAUAAAUACGGUUUUACCAAUAUGGGUCAGAUUGGUGCUCUAAAAGAUUAUUAUCUCUUCCAUCAUAAACGUGUCUCAAAGCGAUCCCUUAGAACCAGUGAUGAACACCAUAAAGCCUUAAAUUCGGAGCCAGAGGUCCGAUGGAUACAACAGCAGCAUGAAAAAAUUCGCCACAAACGUGAUGGUUCCUAUUCCUCUCUGCCCGGUUACAGUCCCUACGAUAUUCUGCGUCAAACCACGGCCUUUGGUGGUCUACCCUCGCUGCAUGUUAUGUCUGGUCCGGACACCUCAUAUCGUAACGGUUUAACUCGUGCUCCACGCAUACAAUAUCGUGAUGCUGGACCACACACGAUUUUUCCCGAUCCUUUGUUCAAGGAACAAUGGUAUUUGAAUGGUGGCGCCAAAGACGGCUUGGAUAUGAAUAUUGGACCCGCUUGGCAAAAAGGUUAUACGGGCAAGGGUGUUGUCGUCUCCAUAUUGGACGAUGGCAUACAGAAAAAUCAUCCUGACCUUGCACAAAACUAUGAUCCAGAUGCAUCAUUUGACAUUAACGGCAAUGAUUCGGAUCCAACACCGCAAGAUAAUGGCGAUAACAAGCAUGGCACCAGAUGUGCUGGUGAAGUGGCCGGUGUGGCUUUCAAUAAUUACUGUGGUGUAGGUGUUGCCUACAAUGCCAGUAUUGGUGGUGUUCGUAUGUUGGAUGGCAAAGUGAAUGAUGUUGUCGAAGCGCAAGCUCUAAGUUUAAAUCCAUCGCAUAUUGAUAUUUACAGUGCUUCAUGGGGUCCAGAAGAUGAUGGCUCCACAGUUGAUGGUCCCGGUCCCCUGGCUCGCCGUGCCUUCAUUUAUGGUGUGACCAGCGGUCGUCAAGGUAAAGGCUCCAUUUUUGUAUGGGCUUCUGGCAAUGGUGGUCGUUAUACCGAUUCCUGCAACUGUGAUGGUUAUACCAACUCGAUUUUCACUCUGUCCAUUUCCAGUGCUACACAAGGAGGCUUCAAACCCUGGUAUUUGGAAGAAUGCUCUUCUACCCUCGCCACCACUUACAGUUCAGGAACUCCGGGUCACGACAAGAGCGUUGCCACCGUUGAUAUGGACGGUCGCCUGAGACCCGAUCAUAUUUGUACCGUGGAACAUACCGGCACAUCAGCUUCUGCCCCCUUAGCCGCUGGUAUUUGCGCCUUGGCUUUGGAAGCCAAUCCCAAUUUGACUUGGCGUGAUAUGCAGUAUUUGGUUGUCUACACAUCCCGACCGGCUCCAUUGGAAAAAGAGUCUGGUUGGAUGUUGAAUGGUGUUAAACGCAAGUACUCCCACAAGUUUGGUUAUGGUCUUAUGGAUGCUGGAGCUAUGGUCUCAUUGGCUGAACAAUGGACCACAGUGCCGCCUCAACAUAUUUGCAAGUCAAGAGAGAAUAAUGAAGAUCGGAAAAUUGAGGGGACCUAUGGUUAUACUUUGGCUACCCAUAUGGAUGUAAAUGGCUGUGCGGGAACGAUUAAUGAAGUUCGCUAUUUGGAACAUGUACAGUGUCGCAUUACACUGCGUUUCUUCCCUCGUGGUAAUUUACGUAUCCUGCUCACCUCGCCCAUGGGCACCACGAGUACUUUGCUGUUUGAGCGACCACGUGAUAUAAUCAAAUCGAACUUUGAUGACUGGCCAUUCUUGAGUGUUCAUUUCUGGGGUGAAAAGGCUGAGGGUAGAUGGACCCUGCAAAUCAUCAAUGGUGGUCGUCGUCGGGUAAAUCAACCUGGCAUCCUGUCCAAAUGGCAAUUGAUUUUCUAUGGCACAGCUGUACAGCCUAUGCGUUUGAAGAGUGAUUUGGUGUCGCAACCCAUACGUGAUCCUGUGUAUACCUUUCCAACUGAAUCGGAUUUAGGACAACCCAUAAAUACCGAUCAGUUUAGUAGUUUUUUAAAUUUCCAAAAUCUCUACACGGGAGCUGGUUCUAAUCCCGAGCAGGCCGUUACCACUGUGGAUGGCCAUAACAUACCCACACCGCAGAGACAAAAUGUCAUGGCCGAUUCUAAUAAUAAACUGGUUUUGCAUGACUGUGAUCCCGAGUGUGAUUCCCAGGGUUGCUAUGGCCGUGGACCCACCCAGUGUGUGGCCUGUAAACACUAUCGUUUGGACAACACCUGUGUCAGUCGUUGUCCCCCACGUUCAUUUCCCAACCAAGGCGGUGUCUGUUGGCCAUGUCAUGAGUCGUGUGAAACUUGUGCCGGUGCAGGCCAAGAUAGUUGUUUGACUUGUGCUCCUGCCCAUUUGCAUGUAACCGACUUGGCUGUUUGCCUGCAGGUCUGCCCCGAAGGAUAUUAUGAAAAUUAUGACAACAAAACUUGUGUUCCCUGUGAAGCUAAUUGUGGUUCAUGUCAAGAUCGUCCCGAUUAUUGUACAUCAUGUGAACAUCAUUUAGUGAUGCAUGAACAUAAAUGCUUCUCCUCGUGCCCCCUGCAUACCUACGAAACGGAGGAAUACAACUGUGCCCCAUGUCAUUCAUCUUGUGCCACAUGCAAUGGGUCCGCCGAAUCACAAUGCAUCACUUGUCGUUCCGGCCGCUUUGCCCACGAUGGUAAAUGUUUGAAUAGCUGCCCCGAUGGUUACUAUGCCGAUAAAAAACGUCAAGAAUGUGUUGCCUGUCCGACGGGCUGUGCCACAUGUACCACCAAUGGUUUUUGUCUUACAUGCCAAGACAACUGGACGCGCAAUAAAAAAGGAAAAUGUAUUAUCACUGGCAGUGAAAAUUGCGAUGAAUCUGAAUAUUACGAUAACAACCAUUGUCAUCCGUGCCAUAGUACUUGCGAGACAUGUGAUGGGCCCACCGAAUCGAAUUGCUUAAGUUGUCCCCAGAGUCUACUGCUGCAGAAUAAUCACUGUGUGAGCACUUGCGACGAUGGCUACUACAUGGAGGCCGGCGUGUGUGCAAAAUGUUUGCAUACCUGUACCCAAUGUGUGUCACGAAUGAAUUGUACGGCAUGUGCCAAAGGAUUACAGCUACAAAGUGGCGAAUGCCGCACCACCUGUGCUGAUGGCUAUUACAGUGACCGUGGCACUUGUGCCAAGUGUUAUCUCAGUUGUCAUACCUGCAGCGGACCACGACGUGAUCAAUGCGUACAAUGUCCCAGUGGCUGGCAGUUGGCGGGCGGUGAAUGUCAUCCCGAAUGUCCUGAAGGUUUCUACAAGUCAGAGUUUGGCUGUCAGAAGUGUCAUCAUUAUUGUAAAACUUGUAACGGCGCUGGACCCUUAGCCUGUACAUCAUGUCCUGCUCACUUUAUGUUGGAUGGUGGCCUUUGCAUGGAAUGUUUGGGUUCACAAUACUACGAUUCGCCAACGCAGACAUGUAAAACAUGUCAUGAGUCGUGUCGUUCAUGUACAGGUCCCGGCCAGUAUUCAUGUCAAACUUGUGCCUUCCCACUACAUUUGGAUCGUUUGAACAAUCAGUGUGUACCAUGUUGUGCCAAUGAUGCAUCACCGGAGGAUCAGUCAUGUUGUCACUGUGACAAGGAUACAGGUGGUUGCAUCAAUGCCUCUCCCGCUGGCAAACGUCGCAUUGCCGCCGCUGCUGAACAGCAACAAUUUGGCAGUUCGUACGGCAACAGUGGUGGUCUCUAUGGUAACCUGUUAGACGAUUCGGAUGGAUCAACAGGUGUUGGUGGUUUAUUCUCACGUGUCGGUUCACCUUUAACAACUAUCACAGCAAUUGCGGUUGCCGCCUGUCUUCUCAUUGUUACAGUAUUUGCUGUCAUUUUUGCCGUCUUACAGCGUUCAAGCAAUCAGGCGGCAGCACGUAAAACUAUACGCUAUAACAAAGUACCCACCAAUAAUCGCAGAAGAAAUCGUAUAACUUCCUCUAGUACAUUACUUAAAGUCGAUGCCGAGGCCAAUAUCGAUGAUGAAGACGUCGAAGAUGAAGACGACGAAGAUGAAGCAGUGGUCGAUUAUUACGACGAAGAAGAAGAAGAUGAGGAAGAAGUCUAUGAAAGAGAUUUGCAGCAAUGCCAAACUCAAACGCCAACUCUUGCUGAAGAUGAUGAUGAUGACGGAGAUUUAGACGAUUUAGAAUUAUUUGAUAAAAAUACAAAAAUUAACAUAGAUAGAAAACAACGAAACCAGCAGCGACAAACGAUGCCGUCGUCGUCUCAGGGGGAAGAAAAUGAACUGCACACAUUUGUGAGAGUGCCCCUUAAGAAGACCUCAUCAUCAUCAUUGCGUCAAAUGUCAUCCAGUAGUUCCGAAGAUAAAACGCAAAGAACAUAGAAAUGGGCAAUACACUAAAAUGCUGCACUGAAAAUCCCAUACAAAAAACCAAGAACCUGUGAAAACAAAACAAGCAAAAUAAGAAAAUCAUAAAUGGAAGAAAAUUGAUUAAUUGUAAAUUUUGUAAAAAGAAAAUUGUACCUUAUUAUAUAAAUGAAAAAAAAAAAACGAAAACAAAAAAAAACAAACAACAAAACAGAAAAUCUACAAAAAAACUAAUAUUAAUACGGAAAUUGAAAAAUUAAUUGUAACAGCUCUAAGCUUAAAAAAUUAAUAUAGAAUAAUUAAUAAUUUGAUUUUUUUUGUUUCUUUUUUUAAUAAAUAAAUAAAUUAGCUAAUAAUCGGUAUAAUAACAAUAAUAAUUAAUAGAGCAUUCAAUUUAAUUUUUUUUGUCCACUUGAAUUUUAUAACACAAACAUGAAUAUAAUUGUUUUUGCAAAUCUCAAUUAUUUUCAAGAAUCUAAACAUAAAAUUUUAUUUUUUUGUUUAUUACACAUUUUAUUAUUUGAUUACAAAAAAAAUGAUUUUAAUAUUUCCGAAAACUUUUUGAUGUCUUUUUUAUUAUUGUUUUACAUGCAAUUUUUUUGUUUAAUGUAGUAAAAUGUUUCCUUUGCUUUGAAUAGUGUCUUAUUUUAUGUAUACAUAUGUUGAAAAAAAUUGUUUUUUGUUUAUUUUAUAAAUUCCCCUCUAUUUGUCAAUGUUCGAACACGAUAGCCACACCCAUACACAAACAAACAGCAAAUAUCAUAAAAGGGAAACAAUUAUAUAUUUUUUUCUAAUUUAUAAAACAUUUUUCAACAAGCACCCUUGAGGGGUCUUAUUAUGUUAUUUCUAUCACACACACAUUUAUUUGUAGAAUUUAAUUACUGAUGUAUCUCUUUAUAUAAAAACAAAACUCGAAUAAAAAUUAUAAUUGGAUGAGAUAAUCUCAAAAGAAAA